AUUUCCGUUCGAGUUUGUAUUUUAGGCGCCAUUUUCGAGUGAAGGACCCGGAGCCGAAACACCGGUAGGAGCGGGGGUGCUGUACAACGGUUUCCAGCGUUGGUGUGAGUGGACUGCCCAGCAGCGACCAUGCCCCGUAAAGGCACCCAACCUUCCACCGCCCGGCGCAGAAGGGAAGAGCCGCCGCAGUCCCCGGACGGCACCAGCAGCGACGCGGAGCCGGAACCCCCGCCCGGCCGCGCGGGCAGCCCGGCCCCUGCUACCGCAGGGACACCAAGUGAGGAAAUUGAUAAUAGAAGUUUAGAAGAGAUUUUGAAUAGCAUCCCUCCUCCCCCACCUCCAGCAAUGGCCAAUGAAGCUGGAGCUCCUCGGCUUAUGAUAACUCAUAUUGUAAACCAGAACUUCAAAUCCUAUGCUGGGGAAAAAAUUCUGGGACCUUUUCAUAAGCGCUUUUCCUGUAUUAUUGGGCCAAAUGGCAGUGGUAAAUCCAAUGUUAUUGAUUCUAUGCUUUUUGUGUUUGGCUAUCGAGCACAAAAAAUAAGAUCUAAAAAACUUUCGGUACUAAUACACAAUUCUGAUGAACACAAGGACAUUCAGAGUUGUACUGUAGAAGUUCAUUUUCAGAAGAUAAUUGAUAAGGAAGGGGAUGAUUAUGAAGUCAUUCCUAACAGUAACUUCUAUGUAUCCAGAACUGCCUACAGAGAUAAUACUUCUGUCUAUCACAUAAGUGGGAAAAAGACAACGUUUAAGGAUGUUGGAAAUCUUCUUCGAAGCCAUGGAAUUGACCUAGACCAUAAUAGAUUUUUAAUCUUGCAGGGUGAAGUUGAACAAAUCGCUAUGAUGAAACCAAAAGGCCAGACUGAACAUGAUGAGGGUAUGCUUGAAUAUUUAGAAGAUAUCAUUGGUUGCGGACGGCUAAAUGAGCCCAUUAAAGUCUUGUGUCGGAGAGUUGAAAUAUUAAAUGAACACAGAGGAGAGAAGUUAAACAGAGUUAAGCUGGUGGAAAAGGAAAAGGACGCCUUAGAAGGAGAGAAAAACAUAGCCAUUGAAUUUCUUACCUUGGAAAAUGAAAUAUUUAGAAAAAAGAAUCAUGUCUGUCAAUAUUACAUUUAUGAUCUGCAGAAACGAAUUGCUGAAAUGGAAACUCAAAAGGAAAAAAUUCAUGAAGAUACCAAAGAAAUUAAUGAGAAGAGCAGUAUAUUGUCAAAUGAAAUGAAAGCUAAGAAUAAAGCUGUAAAAGACGUAGAGAAGAAACUGAAUAAAAUUACAAAAUUUAUUGAGGAAAAUAAAGCAAAAUUUACACAGCUAGAUUUGGAAGAUGUUCAAGUUCGGGAAAAAUUAAAACAUGCUUCAAGUAAAGCCAAAAAACUGGAGAAACAACUUCAAAAAGAUAAAGAAAAGGUUGAAGAAUUUAAAAGUAUACCUGCCAAGAGUGAGAAGAUCAUAACUGAAACAACAACUCGAAACAGUGCCCUUGAGAAGGAAAAAGAGAAAGAAGAAGAAAAAUUAAAAGAAGUUAUGGAUAGCCUUAAACAGGAAACACAAGGGCUUCAGAAAGAAAAAGAAAGUCGAGAGAAAGAACUUAUGGGUUUCAGCAAAUUGGUAAAUGAAGCACGUUCAAAGAUGGAUGUAGCCCAAUCAGAACUUGAUAUCUAUCUCAGUCGUCAUAAUACUGCGGUGUCUCAAUUAAGUAAGGCCAAGGAAGCUCUAAUUACAGCUUCUGAGACUCUGAAAGAGAGGAAAGCUGCAAUCAGAGAAAUAGAAGCAAAACUCCCUCAAUCUGAACUGGAAUUAAAGGAGAAAGAAAAAGAACUUCAAAAACUUACACAAGAAGAAAUAAAAUUAAAAAGUUUGGUUCGUGAUCUUUUCCAAAAAGUUGAAGAAGCAAAGAGUUCCUUAGCAAUGAAUCGAAGUAGGGGGAAAGUCCUUGAUGCAAUAAUUCAAGAAAAAAAAUCUGGCAGGAUUCCAGGAAUAUAUGGAAGAUUGGGGGAUUUAGGAGCAAUUGAUGAAAAAUAUGAUGUUGCUAUUUCAUCCUGUUGUCAUGCAUUAGACUACAUUGUUGUUGAUUCUAUUGAUACAGCUCAAGAUUGUGUGAACUUCCUUAAACGACAAAAUAUUGGAGUUGCAACCUUCAUAGGUUUGGAUAAGAUGACUGUAUGGGCAAAUAAAAUGACCAAAAUUCAAACUCCUGAAAAUACUCCUCGGUUAUUUGAUUUAGUAAAAGUAAAAGAUGAGAAAAUUCGUCAAGCUUUUUACUUUGCUUUACGGGAUACCUUAGUUGCUGACAACUUAGAUCAAGCCACAAGAGUAGCAUAUCAAAAAGAUAGAAGAUGGAGAGUGGUGACAUUACAGGGGCAAAUCAUAGAACAGUCAGGUACAAUGACUGGUGGUGGAAGCAAAGUAAUGAAAGGAAGGAUGGGCUCAUCAGUUGUUGAAAUCUCGGAACAAGAGGUAAAUAGAAUGGAAUUGCAAUUGGAGAGAGACUCUCAAAAAUCAGUGCAAAUCCAGGAACAGAAAGUACAAUUGGAAGAAGCAGUAGUUAAGUUGAGGCAUAAUGAACGAGAAAUGAAGAAUACACUAGAAAAAUUUACUGCAAGCAUCCAGCGUUUAUCAGAGCAAGAAGAAUAUUUGAAUGUCCAAGUUAAGGAACUUGAAGCUAAUGUACUUGCUACAGCCCCUGACAAAAAAAAGCAGAAAUUACUAGAAGAAAAUGUUAAUGUUUUCAAAACAGAAUAUGACAGUGUGGCUGAGAGAGCUGGAAAAGUAGAAGCUGAGGUUAAAAGAUUACACAAUAUCAUCGUAGAAAUCAAUAACCAUAAACUCAAGGCCCAACAAGACAAACUUGAUAAAAUAAAUAAGCAAUUAGAUGAAUGUGCUUCUGCUAUUACUAAAGCCCAAGUAGCAAUCAAGACUGCUGACAGAAAUCUUAAAAAAGCACAAGACUCAGUCUUUCGCACAGAAAAAGAAAUAAAAGACACUGAAAAAGAAGUAGAUGAUUUAACAGCAGAACUAAAAAGUCUUGAGGACAAAGCAGCAGAGGUCGUAAAGAACACAAAUGCUGCAGAGGAGUCCUUACCAGAGAUCCAAAAAGAACAUCGUAAUCUACUUCAAGAACUAAAAACAAUUCAAGAAAAUGAACAUGCUCUUCAAAAAGAUGCACUUAGUAUUAAGUUGAAACUUGAACAAAUAGAUGGUCACAUGGCUGAACAUAAUUCUAAAAUAAAAUAUUGGCAAAAAGAGAUUUCAAAAAUAUCAUUGCACCCCAUAGAAGAUAGUCCUCUUGAAGAGAUUGCAGUUUUAAGCCCAGAGGAUCUUGAAGCAAUCAAGAACCCAGAUUCUAUAACAAAUCAAAUUGCACUUUUAGAAGCCCAGUGUCAUGAAAUGAAACCAAACCUUGGUGCCAUUGCAGAGUAUAAAAAGAAGGAAGAAUUAUAUUUACAGCGGGUAGCAGAAUUAGACAAAAUUACUUAUGAAAGAGAUCAGUUUAGACAGGCAUAUGAAGAUCUUCGGAAACAAAGGCUUAAUGAAUUCAUGGCAGGUUUUUAUAUAAUAACAAAUAAAUUAAAGGAAAAUUACCAAAUGCUAACUUUGGGAGGUGAUGCUGAACUGGAGCUUGUAGACAGCUUGGAUCCUUUCUCUGAAGGAAUCAUGUUCAGUGUUCGACCACCUAAGAAAAGUUGGAAGAAGAUCUUCAAUCUUUCAGGAGGAGAGAAAACACUUAGUUCUUUGGCUUUAGUAUUUGCUCUUCACCACUACAAACCUACUCCUCUGUACUUCAUGGAUGAGAUUGAUGCAGCCCUUGAUUUUAAAAAUGUGUCCAUUGUUGCAUUUUAUAUAUAUGAACAAACAAAAAAUGCCCAGUUCAUAAUAAUUUCACUUCGAAAUAAUAUGUUUGAGAUUUCAGACAGACUUAUUGGAAUAUACAAGACAUAUAAUAUAACAAAAAGUGUUGCCGUAAACCCAAAACAAAUCGCAUCUAAAGGACUUUGUUGAAUUUGUUUAUAACCAGGAUUCCUUAAAUUGAAUCAGCAUAUUGUAUUAUGAUUUUCUAUUUGUAAAGAAUUAUAAAUUAUGUAAAAUACAUAUUCCUAAACUGAAUCAUAUAACUAACUGGCUUCUAUUUUAUGCUAUUAGGAGACAUGUUAUAAAGUCUAAUAUAUUCUAGGGGCACCUGGGUGGCUUAGUUGGUUAAGUAUCUGCCUUUGACUCGGGUCAUGAUCCCAGGGUGCUGGGAUCGAGCCCCUUUUCAGGCUCCCUCCCUCUGCCUCUUCCCUUGCUUGUUCGUGUACUCUCUCAAAUAAAAUCUUUUAAAAAAUACUCAUACCUGCUUCUAGGAGACUAAGAAUCUGACAAUUUUGUAAGCAGCAGGCUAUGGAGAAAAUAAGAUGCCUGGGAGGGUCAGGUGAUUUGCCCUUAGUCCCAAGUUGUUACCAACAAAGUUAAAAAUGUGUUAGUUCAUGAACCGUAAGUUCUAAAUUAUAUCAUGUUAAUCAAGAUGCAGCAUACCAUCAUGGAUCUCUAAUCUACAAUGGAAAAACCUGCCAACUACUAUUGAAUUCUUAAGGUAUUCUAUUUAUUAUAAUUUAAUAGUUUAGACAGUCACUAUUUAUUACCCAAACAAUGGGAACACUUUUUUAAACAGUUCUGAAUUCUGCAAGAUGAAAAUUUAAAUAUUUUAUAUGCUUUUCUAACUCAGUGUGUUUUAAACUUGCAAGAGGACCAGCAAACAGACAAUAUCUGAACAUAUAAGAUACUCAUCAGUUAAUUGCUUCAUAAAAAAUGAAGUAUGUAGGGGUUAACUUCCUUAGUAUAAAUGGAAAUUAAGAUGGAGUAUUUGCCUAUCCAUUUGCCAGGACACUCUUUUCUGCACUGCAUUAGCUCAGUGUUACCGUGUAACUGAAGUUGGCAACCACACUUGGGUUCAAGAGGAAUUUUGGUAUUAAAUCAAGUUUUUGCCCUAGCUAUUUGAUUUCUAGAUACUGAUUCUAAGGAAUGAGUUAUUAGCUCAAUAUUCAGCAACCAUUGUUUGGGUACUAAAAAGAUCCAACAAAGAUGGUUUAUAUCAUAACAGUCAUUAAAUAUGUAAAUACAUUAGCAUGGACUUAAAGCAAAAUCUGAAACUCAAAUAUGGUCGUUUUGAAUCAAGAUAUAAGGGAAAAAUAAAACUAUAAUCAAGUGCUUUUUCAUUGGUGAAAGCAGUGAUUAAUGGAACUUAAUACUCUCCUGUACUAAAGCUCUAUGACAUAAGUCUUAAAGAUUUAAGGUAGAUGAUUCCCAUAAUCCCUAUGAAAAUUCCCCAAAGCUACCACUCAAAUUGAGCGCCUUAUUAAGCCACUCAAUGCAAAUAAAAUAGCAAAAUAAGUUUAUUAAAAUAUAUUUUGUUAUACAUAAAACUUAAAAAUAUUUCAGGAUUAUAUAUCUUAAACUUUACAGUUUCAUCCUCCAGGUAAGAAUUACAAAACAGAACAGCAUGUAUUAAGAAUUGGUUAUUUGUAUUCUUGACUAUAUUCAUGCACACUACAUAAAAUUCAGUUUUGUCUAAGAACUGGCAACUUAUAAAAUAGUAAUGUCAAACCUAGAAUGUGUGUAUAUGUUCCAAUUUUUAUCUGUAAAUGAUUCUUAGACAUAAAUUAGUCCUAACUGAAUAAAAAUCUUGGCUUAAAGUUUUGGUAGCAUGACAGCAGGAACUCUGAAAAGACAUUGUCUCCCAUAUGCUGGCUGUACGGCCUUGGGCAAAUCACUUUCCGUUCUGUUUCCUUAUCUACAGAAAGAAGUUAAUACCUACUUCAGAAAUGUGACGUUAAGAGCUUGACACAAAUAGCUAACAAAUUUCAGUGCUUACUCAUAUACGUAUUCAAAAAGUAUGUGGCAUUUUUGUAUUGUAACUAAUAAACUUAAGUCUAAAGUUAAUA